GCUUUCGGCUUCCAAGGGGGAAGUGCUGGGCAGUAAUUAAUGUUUUUAUUAAAUUUGGAGGGAAUUUUUUGCAGCUGUUCGCCUAGCGUGGCCUUCAGUCCCGUUAGGUGCAAAGCGAGUCUCGUUGAUCGCCAUUGCUAGUUUUGCACACGUUUGCGAAUCAGAGCUGCCUGGGGUACACCGACCGCGCAGGGAAACAUCGAGAGUGUAAAUAAAUACAUCGCCUCUUGUUCGGAUUUUUGCUACUACCGAAAAUAUGUAAAUUGUGAACUCUCUUGGCUCUCUUUGGAUCCAGGUUGAUAGAAGUCCAGAUCGCGAGGAAAUCUCCAGCUAGAUGCUCAAAAUAUAAAAUACUGAGCUGAGAUUUGCGAAGAGCAGCAGAAUGGAUGGAUUUUAUGACCAGCAAGUGCCUUACAUGGUCACCAAUAGUCAGCGUGGGAGAAAUUGUAACGAGAAACCAACAAAUGUCAGGAAAAGAAAAUUCAUUAACAGAGAUCUGGCUCAUGAUUCAGAAGAACUCUUUCAAGAUCUAAGUCAAUUACAGGAAACGUGGCUUGCAGAAGCUCAGGUACCUGACAAUGAUGAGCAGUUUGUGCCAGACUAUCAGGCUGAAAGUUUGGCUUUUCAUGGCCUACCACUGAAAAUAAAGAAAGAGCCCCACAGUCCAUGUUCAGAACUUGGCUCUGCCUGCAGUCAAGAACAGCCCUUUAAAUUCAGCUAUGGAGAAAAGUGCCUGUACAAUGUCAGUGCCUAUGAUCAGAAGCCACAAGUGGGAAUGAGGCCCUCCAAUCCGCCCACACCAUCCAGCACUCCAGUGUCCCCUCUACAUCAUGCAUCUCCAAACUCAACUCACACUCCAAAACCUGACCGGGCCUUCCCAGCUCACCUCCCUCCGUCGCAGUCCAUACCAGAUAGCAGCUACCCCAUGGACCACAGAUUUCGCCGCCAGCUUUCUGAACCCUGUAAUUCCUUUCCUCCUUUGCCGACAAUGCCAAGGGAAGGACGUCCUAUGUACCAACGCCAGAUGUCUGAGCCAAACAUCCCCUUCCCACCACAAGGCUUUAAGCAGGAGUACCAUGACCCCGUGUAUGAACACAACACCAUGGUUGGCGGUGCGGCCAGCCAAAGCUUCCCACCUCCUCUGAUGAUUAAACAGGAGCCCAGAGAUUUUGCAUAUGAUUCAGAAGUGCCUAGCUGCCACUCCAUAUAUAUGAGGCAAGAAGGCUUCCUGGCUCACCCCAGCAGGACAGAAGGCUGUAUGUUUGAAAAGGGCCCCCGGCAAUUUUAUGACGACACCUGUGUUGUCCCAGAGAAAUUUGAUGGGGACAUCAAACAAGAGCCAGGAAUGUAUCGGGAAGGACCCACAUACCAGCGGCGGGGAUCACUUCAGCUCUGGCAGUUUUUGGUAGCUCUUCUGGAUGACCCUUCAAAUUCUCAUUUCAUUGCUUGGACUGGUCGAGGCAUGGAAUUUAAACUGAUUGAGCCUGAAGAGGUUGGUUUAUAAGGAAACUGAUAUAUUUGAUUAAUGGCCCAAAGUUUACAUUUUUAUUGUGAAACUUAAGGGAAACUUUUUAAAUUAGA